AUGCAACUUGAGAAUGUUCAUGCCAGGGUUCUGGACCACGACGAAAUGAAAAAUAUCCACGAUGAUUGCCAAGCAAACCCUGAUACUAGAAUCGAUGAAUCCGCUUUGAGGUCAGGCCACGAUUCACCCAACAUGGGCCCACACACUUUCUGUAUGAUUUCUAAAUCAGGACUCAUGACAGCCAAUGGAGACAUCCAAAAGGACAUUCUUAAGGAUUAUAUCAGAAAAAAUUCACACCAUGACGUCGCUAAAGUGGAUGAAAUUGUGAAUGAUUGCGGAAAGCGCGAAGGGGCUACUCCAGUUGAAGCAGCGAUUGCUCUGAAAAAUUGUCUCAGAAAAUAUGAGGGGCCGAAUA